GCGGGCGAGCGCUGAGGGGGCUCGGGCCGUGGCCAUGGCCACGGGGCUCCGCAGAGGGCCGUGGGCCGGAGCCUGUCGAGCGGAUCCCAUCCCCCAUCCCAAACCUGUGUGUCCCCCUGAUCCAACCGCUUUUCCCCUUCCAGCAGCUCCCAGCAGCGGCGGAGUGAAGGCAGGAGCCGCCGAGCCUCAGGACAAGCAGUUUCAUGUGCAGUUGUGGAGGACUGGGAGCACCAGGCUUGGAAGAUCUUGUUCCACAUGAGUCCUUUGAGUGUGAAAGCCCACCCAUCUCCUUGAUGCAGCAGAUGAGGGCUCCUAGGGAGCCUGCUGUGUGAGACCUACCAGGCACCCUUCUUCAGUCCAGUUGCCACUGAGGACAAGGUUCUAGCUGGAGCUGUGGGGUGAACAUGAGAUGGGAGCAGCUUCUCCAGGCCCCUGCUUCUGGGCUGGGGGGGUCCCAGAGCCCCCCUCAGCCACCCCAGGGAGCUGUCAUCUAUGGCGAGAGAAGUGGAAGGAUGCUCUGGGGUGAAAUGUUGUCUGCUCUUCAGAAGAGAAAGAGGGUUGGAAGCUCUGGCCAUGGAUCAGAAGGGCUAUCGACGGGAGAGUUUCCAGAGCAGCACUAGUGAUGAAGAUAUGCUGGAAAUAGCAGGAGCAUCUCUGGACUUCUCCAUGGCAGAGGACGACCCACCUCUAGACAGGGAGAUAGGAGGGUUUUCCUCAUAUAAUGGAGGAGGGAUGAAUGGUACAAGCACAAUGAUGGAUUUCCUGGAGGAACCUCUUCCCGGUGUGGGCACCUAUGAAGAUUUUAACACUAUAGACUGGGUGCGAGAGAAGUCCAGGGAUCGGGACAGACACAGAGAGAUCACCAGUAGAAGCAAAGAGUCCACAUGGGCACUGAUACACAGCGUGAGUGAUGCCUUCUCUGGCUGGCUGUUGAUGCUCCUCAUUGGGCUGUUGGCAGGCUCCUUGGCAGGGCUGAUUGACAUCUCUGCCCACUGGAUGACAGAUCUGAAGGAAGGAGUGUGUUUAGCAGGUUUCUGGUUUAACCAUGAGCACUGCUGCUGGAAAUCCAACACAACCUUCACGGACAGAGACAAGUGUCCUGAGUGGAAGAGCUGGUCCCAGCUCAUCCUGGGCCAUGGAGAGAUCAAAACUAUCUUAAGUGGUUUCAUCAUUAGAGGCUACCUGGGCAAGUGGACGCUCAUCAUCAAAACCAUCACCUUAGUGCUGGCUGUGUCCUCUGGGCUGAGCCUGGGCAAGGAGGGGCCCCUGGUGCACGUCGCUUGCUGCUGUGGGAACAUCUUGUGUCAUCUCUUCACCAAGUACAGGAAGAACGAAGCCAAGCGCAGAGAGGUUUUAUCAGCAGCUGCAGCUGCUGGAGUGUCGGUAGCGUUUGGUGCCCCGAUCGGAGGAGUGCUCUUCAGCCUAGAAGAGGUCAGUUACUACUUUCCUCUCAAGACACUGUGGCGCUCCUUCUUCGCUGCUCUGGUUGCAGCAUUCACCCUGCGCUCCAUCAACCCCUUUGGGAACAGCCGCCUGGUUCUCUUCUACGUGGAGUUUCACAUGCCAUGGCAUCUUCUGGAACUUGUGCCCUUCAUCCUUCUGGGCAUAUUUGGGGGGCUUUGGGGGGCUUUCUUCAUUCGCAGCAACAUCGCCUGGUGCAGGCGGCGCAAGACAACCAAACUUGGCAAAUACCCGGUGCUGGAGGUGUUUGUAGUCACAGCCAUCACAGCCCUGCUGGCCUUCCCCAAUGAGUACACCAGGAUGAGCACUAGUGAGCUGAUCUCCGAGCUCUUUAAUGACUGUGGGAUUCUGGACUCAUCCAAGCUCUGCGAGUAUGUGAAUGAUUUCAACAGCACCAAAGGGGAUGACCUGCCAGACCGAGCUGCUGGCCCAGGAGUUUACACUGCCAUGUGGCAGCUGGCUCUGGCCCUUAUAAUGAAGGUCUUCAUCACCAUCUUCACCUUUGGCAUGAAGGUGCCCUCAGGUCUCUUCAUCCCCAGCAUGGCCGUGGGUGCCAUCGCGGGCAGGCUGCUUGGUGUGGCCAUGGAGCAGCUGGCCUACUACCACCAUGACUGGGCCAUCUUCAGUGGCUGGUGCAGCCAAGGAGCUGACUGCAUCACUCCGGGCCUCUACGCAAUGGUUGGGGCUGCAGCUUGUCUGGGUGGUGUGACCCGAAUGACGGUGUCGCUGGUGGUCAUUAUGUUUGAGCUCACUGGUGGACUGGAAUACAUCGUUCCACUGAUGGCAGCAGCCAUGACCAGCAAGUGGGUGGCUGAUGCCAUUGGGCGGGAAGGCAUUUAUGAUGCCCACAUCCGCCUCAAUGGGUACCCUUUCCUGGAGGCCAAGGAGGAGUUCUCACACAAGACACUCGCGAUGGAUGUAAUGAGGCCGCGGAGGAAUGAUCCUCCUCUGACUGUCAUCACUCAGGACAGCAUGACAGUGGAGGACGUGGAGAGCAUCAUCAAUGAAACCACGUAUAGUGGCUAUCCGGUGGUGGUGUCCCGUGAGUCCCAGAGGCUUGUUGGGUUUGUCCUCAGAAGAGACCUCAUCAUUUCAAUCGAAAAUGCCCGGAAAAAGCAGGAUGGGAUUGUGAGCACUUCAGUUAUUUAUUUCACUGACCACUCUCCUCCACUGCCUCCAAGCUCCCCCUCCAUGCUGAAACUUAGGAGCAUCCUGGACCUCAGUCCCUUCACAGUGACAGACCAAACGCCCAUGGAAAUCGUGGUGGAUAUAUUCCGCAAGCUGGGAUUGCGCCAGUGCCUGGUGACUCAUAACGGGAAGCUCCUUGGGAUCAUCACUAAGAAGGACGUUCUGAAGCACAUUGCACAACUGGCCAACCAGGACCCAGAUUCGAUACUCUUCAACUAAAGACAGACCAGGAGGUAUUGUGUGUUCAACACGAAAGGACCUUUAGAGACCAUCCUGGAUACAUUUCCCUAUUUUUAUUGAAACCAUGGAACUGUUUUCCAAGUUUUCUUCCAUGGAGCUGAAGAACAUACUUUUUUUUCUACCAGAUACCAAUCGCACUACAUAAUCUGUGGAACAGAAUCUUCUUUUUAGAAGAAGAAAGAGACUUUAAUUACGUUGCCUUUUUGAAGUUGCAUUGGAAAGAUUCCAUGAAGGAGUAAAAGCAAAAUGCUAUAGAAUUCGAUCUCUUACUUUAUUUGGACUCCUAGCACUAACAUGGGGAGGAAAAGACAAGCUCUGUUCCUUCAGAAGCUUUGUAGGAGGAGGAUUUUGCACACAGCACUUGGGUGGUGGCAGAAGGAUGUGGUUGUAACUCGGGUGGUGGAUUUCCAAUUAGCCACUUGGGAACAAUAGGAACAGUCAAAACUGGCGGGGGGAGGGAACCAUUGGCUGGCUGAGGGUGUUCUGUUGAGCAAGGGUAAGAGCCCCACAAGCCCAAACCCCCGAGAGCAGAUCUCCUGGGCCUAGGUCUGGUUGGGAUGAAGCUUCUUUUGAUGAAUCUGUGAAUGUAUUCAGUGUCUCUGCUGCUGCCUUGCCAGGAGAGUCCCGAGGAGGAGGCAGGAGGUAACAGUUGUGUUCUCACCGUGAUCCUGGGCUUAGAUACAUGCCUGAGGAUUCCUUCUCCUUUCCUUUUACUUUUAGAAUGGGAAAGGCUAAGUCCUAUGUUAUUGCCCUUUGCACUUCCCAGUGUUCCAAUCACAUUUGAUACCACACAGUGACCUCUCCCAUAGUCAGCAGGGGUUUGGGGCUGGAGACUUUCUCCUGGGACCCCUGUGCCUGGGAUGUUUACAUGGACACUUUUGCUGUUCCCUGCUCCUCCAGGUCCCAGCUCCAGGAUUGGGAGUGCUGCCACUUCACAUACGUGCACUGCUCGGGGUCUCUCUCCUUUUGCCAACAGCUAUGCAAUAAACCCUUCCUGAGCAAUAAACCCCUCAGCCUUGUUCCAGCUCUGUGUCCUUCAAGUCCUUGUCCCAAAUCCUACCAAAUUAUUUUCCUGUUAAUAAAAUUGUGGCCAUUUA